CCUCAUUCAGUCAUUCAUUCACUCAGACAGUCAGUCACUGUCAGUGUGUGUGUGUGUGUAGAUGCUGGGCUGCUGGUCAGCUGCCUUACGUCUCCCUCAGGAUCUCGGUGUAGAAGCGACAGAGGAUCCUCCGAGGUUUAUAUUCGGGUCAUCACUAUGACUGAUGGGGACUAUGACUACCUUAUAAAGCUCCUGGCCCUGGGAGACUCUGGUGUGGGAAAGACCACGUUCCUGUACAGAUACACAGACAACAAGUUCAACCCCAAAUUCAUCACCACAGUCGGCAUCGACUUCAGGGAAAAAAGAGUGGUGUACACGUCCUCGAACCCUAAUGGGACGAACACAGGGAAAACCUUCAAGGUCCACCUUCAGCUUUGGGACACGGCCGGACAGGAGAGGUUCCGCAGCCUGACAACGGCGUUCUUCAGAGACGCCAUGGGGUUCCUGCUGAUGUUUGACCUCACCAGCCAGCAGAGUUUCCUCAAUGUCAGAAACUGGAUGAGUCAACUACAGGCCAACGCCUACUGUGAGAACCCAGACAUCGUGUUGGUGGGAAACAAGGCCGACUUGGCCGACCAGCGGGAAGUUCAGGAGAAACAGGUCAAAGAGCUGGCUGAUAAAUACGGGAUCCCGUACUUUGAGACGAGUGCGGCGACAGGCGCAGAAGUGGACAAGACGGUGAUCACACUGCUGGACCUGGUCAUGAAGAGGAUGGAGCAGUGCGUGGACAAACCGCCCGCAGAGGCCGCCAACGGCAACGGUGCCGCCAAGCUCGCCGAAGAGCAGCCCAGCGCCAAGAAGUGUGCGUGUUAGGUCAAGAGGUCGAUUCAGGAAACCACGCACGCACAAGAGUCUGUGUCCGUCCGUCCGUCCUUUCUACUCGUUACAUUCCCACCAUGGUUUUUACUCUCCGCUCUGUCACGUUUGACCGCAUGUUUCUUUUUUCUCUGUCUUUUCCUCUCAAACAUCAUGCUUCUCUGUCAGUGACACAGUGCUACCGCCCUCUAGUGGACAUCAACUUAACACAGUGUCAGUGUGUGUGUCUGCCACAGAGCUUUUGUUCAGGAGGAAAUGAAAUUCAUAUAAAAUGUGCAACCUGUUUUAUGGAAUUAGAUUUGUGUCGAUAUUUUCAAACAACACUUGUUGACAAAAUGAACAAUAAACAAAUUGCAAAUAAAAUAUGGAUAUAAUCGUUCAAAAAUAUUGUAUUUUGUUUGUUUGAAAAAUACACUUUUUUGUUUGUAAUGAUUGGAAUUUUGACUCGUUUGUGUUUGCGCUCCCUUGGUUACUGAGUUUUGGAGUGACAGCUCAAUGGUGCGUAGGUAGUCACAGGCUUGGAGUCGCUGUCCGUCUGGAAUUUCGUUCCGACAAAAUAAUUGUAAGUAUCUAACGUUUAUAAUCUGACGAAUUUUGUCAGAUGUCGACAAGGAAAACUUGGGGACAUGUAGCCAAUCAGCAGGCAGCUUCCCAAGCCCCGCCCAUGGUCAGAAUCCUAAACAACAAAACAGGUGCAAAGAAAAAGUUUUGGAGCUCAAACGCAAAAGAGUCGGAUCAAACAAAUUUCUGAUCAUUGCAAACAAAGUGUCUUUUCAAAUGAAUAAAAUACAGUAUUUUUGAACAAUUAAAUCCAUAUUUUAUUUAUUUAUAAUUUGUGUAUUUUGAUUUUGUGGUUCAUUUUUGCUUUGCUUUGUGAAAAGUGUUUGAAAACAUUGACACAAAUCUAACUCCAUUAAUAGAAAUGCUUUAUUUUACCCAUAAUUGUUACAAAAGAUAAAAAGCAUUGGUUGAAUUUAAAAUAAAAAUACAGUCUAGAUUAAAUGUCAUUUUGGGGAUCCCAACUUUUUUUUGGCCCUUUUAUUUUGCCAGUUGGGGCUAGAGAAUGUGGGAAUCCUUGUUCUAAAUGGAUCUAAAUUGAAGUUUUUCCACCUGAACCAGGCUCAACAACUGUGUUACCACUGUGUUAUUUAAUUCAUAUUUUACCCGCCUCACACAUGUUCUAUGUUGCGCACAUAUUUGCCUACAAUCGUCGUUUUUACACUUACAAUUUUAGUGUGAUUUUCAAUCAAAAAAAUGAUAUUUUUUCUGCAAACGCAUCAAAUCAACUCACGAGUGAGUGAGGAUGUAGUUUUGUUUUUUUUUUUUUUUAAUCGUACAAUGGGUGGAGAGAUUUUUGAUCACCUGUCCCUGGAACCGCCCUUCACGACCAAAUCGAAAUAGUCACAGAACCCACGUCACACAAACCAGCUUUUACACCAGUUUUUUAAGAAAGAAAAUUAAAUUAUCAGGGUUCUCACAGGUCCUUGAAAGCCUUUAAAAGUUUGUGAAUAAAAAAAAUAAUAAUUCAAGGCACUUGGAAGUUUUAAAAAAUGUCCACAUAGGUCAUUGACAGUGCUUGAAUUUCGUGCAAGAAAGAAGUUCAGUUGAUAUUUAGGCCACCGUGGGAUGGGGGUGUGGCCAAAAAUACCAUGUUACGAUAAUAUCACGAUAUUGUGAUAUAGGCACACAACAGCUCGAGUGAGAACUUGGCGCCAUCUAGUCUAGUGGACUGAAACAUGAAUUUUUUUUUUAUCCACAAAAAGUUUAAUGUGUUUUUGUAACAUCCUUUAAAAACAAUUACAUCCAUAUUUGACGUCUCAAAAGCACUAAAAUAUCGCCACGCAUAACAUUGCGAUAUUUCACUGUAUCGGAAUACGUAGGUUGAUUAUCGGAACAACAUGUCACAUGUGUGCAGCUGAGGAUAAAAACAUUGUUAUGUAUCAUUAUUAGAGCGUCAUCGGCGUACGGUUUCACACUGAUCUUAAUGCCAUGGCUUUUAAAGCGUUAUUUCGUGUUAGAGGUACAGAUUAUUAUCAGCUGCUCUGAAGGUCAAAGGUCACCGUGACUCGCCAACAACUUAACUGGAGGAAAAAGUAACUUGUAAUGCAGUUUUUAAAAGAAAAUGGUUGGGAAGGUGAAUCAUACGAAGUAUUUUCUGUAUCUAAAAUGUAUUUUAAAGAAAUACUCAAACCUCCGUCAGGUGAUGUUCGAUCUCAUGGCAGCUGAUUUUAGCUCAACCUUUCUUUGACUUCUUCAGUUUUAAACCCAGCGCUUUAAAGGCCCCUUAACACGACCAAUGUUGCUAUGAAACGACUAAUUAUUUAUAUAACAUAGUAUAUAAUAUAAUAAUAAUGAGAAGAAAUUAAACAUUAUAUUCUAAGUCUAAUUUAACAUGUUUUGUUAUAUAUGUACAUUUAUUUGCUGUAGUCAAAUAAUUAUUCCUGAAAAUGUAAAUGAGAAAUAACUUUGGCUUUUUGUUUUUGUUGGCUCAUCCAUCUUUUGUCUUGUUUUGUUGUUUGUUUUUCCUUUCACGUAUCAGAUUAUCCGUUAAACUUUGAGCUUAGCUGUUCAUUUCACAGUAAAAAUUAAGAUGAAUUUAUUAAAUGUAGGGCUGCAACUAACGAUCAUUUUCAUAAAUUGAUUAUAGUGUUGAUUAUUUUCUUGAUUAACCAAGUAUAAAAUGUCAGAAAAAUGUCUUGUAUUUGUCCACAAACCAAAAUAAUAACUUUUUAUUGAUUUCUUUGUCAAAUGGAGCAAAGAAACCAGCAAAGCAUUCAAAUUUAAGAAGCUGAAAAAACAUUCAAUCUUUAAUAAUUGAUUAAUGGAAUAAUUGUUGCAGUUCUAAGUAAAAACAAAAUCUAGUUUGGUUUCAAGAUUAUUUCCUUUUAAAAAGGUCCAAUAUGCAAUUUGAGGUACUGAAAUGUCAUUAAUAUUAAUAAUACAUUUUGUUUGUCUUUUGUCUCUGAAGGACGUUGUCAGUGAACAGAAACUAAGUCAAUGGUUAGAAAAACAAACGACUUAGUUUAUUUUUAUUUGUUUUUUUAGGUCAAAUGUUGGCACAGUAUGGUACAGAAGAACAUUGUUAUGCAUCAUUAGAUGAGUGUCGUUUUGUUUCAAGUCGUUUUGUGUGGAGUACCAGACGGCAGCUACGUCAGCUGACCCUGAAGGUCUAUGGUCAACGUGACUCUCCAACAAUUUGACUGGAAAAACACAUUUUUUUAAAUUUCAAUGUUUUUUGAAGGGUGUGCCAAAUAAAAACACAAAACAUCACAAGGAAAAGUUUUGUUUUUAACAACGUCUUUUUUAUAGGUCAAAUUGCCAAUAUUUAAACUGUGCCAUAUUAAAUACUAAUUAUUGUGGCUCUAAUGAUACUUGACAUCACGUAUUAUUCAGUAAGCAUUCUGUCUUAAACUAAGUGCUAUUCUUAACAAAAUCGUAAAUCUAAGAUGUUGAAGAAAAGGUUGUUUUUUUUAACCUUUUUUUGUUUUUGCUGAAACUGAACCAGACGUUUAAUGAUAAUCAAGUAAAACCAAGACAAUGAGCUAAAAAGAGGCUAAAAUGUUCCAUCUUGUAACCUUUUAAAAACAAUUUUUACAAAAAGCAGCUUAAAAACGUCUUUAAAAGGUUAAUAUCAAGUGUUGAUUUUAUUAAAGCCACUUGUCGGAUUUAUAUUUUUUUUGUUCGUUUUAAACAUCAAAAGUGAAGCAAUUUUUCAUGUUUUAGUCACACAAAUCUGGUCAAUUGCAUUAAAUUGCGACAGAAAACCAACCUAGCAACUUUAAGUGUAGAGACACAACCAUCACAAAGAGCAACAAUGCUAAAUUAUUGUUAGUUUUGCUUUAAAGUAUUUUAAUUUAAUUUAAAGUACUGAAGCGAAUGAUACAGAUUUAGCAUUUGUACGUAAUCUAAUCUCGUGAAAAAAAUUUGCGUCACACAACAGUGUCAGCUGAAAUAAAUCAAGUUAAGGUUUUAAUCGUAUUUGAAACUUUAAUAAUCCAGAAUUUAUUUUACGUCGUGAACCAAGGCCUCUUAACAGGGACAAUCUUCUUUUACUUUAUCUUUCAUCUCUUCUUCUUGUGCUUCUCAUCAUCUUCGCUCCAAUUCCAUUUGACACAUUUGUCCGACUUUUGCUUCACGUUAGCGCUGAGUUGUGUGCGUUUGUUUUACUGCCUUAAACCCGAGCGUCUCAUCCUCUAAUGUCGUUUCUGAGAAGUUUACACUGUUUGAAGAAUCAUGUUGUGCCUGUUAUUAACUCUGAUCCUCUGUUCAAGUGUGUGAGCUACUAUAAUAUUUUAAUGCAUUAUUGAUUAUAGAAAAACAAAACAGAGGCAAAAAGGAAGAAGAAGAAACACUGAUGUUUUUGUGCCCGAUAUAUGGAAAUGACUCAUUAAUCCUAAAGUACGUCUAAGAGCUUUUAUUUUUGGAAAUUCUCUGCGUGAAUUCUCCUCUCUGAUGCCUGCAGUUUGUACACAAUUGUUUCUUUUGUUUUUUUUUGUUUUCCCCACCGUGUGCAUCGAUGCCUGUGUGUGUUUGUUGGGUUUGUUGCACUGUCAGCAUGUUUGACACCCUGAGAAUGGAAUGACCUGUGAUGUGUUAAGUGUUUCUAAUGUCAGAGAUGCAAAUAAAUCUGUGGUUGUUUUUA